AUGGCAGCGGAAACGCAGACACUGAACUUUGGCCCUGAAUGGCUCCGAGCUCUGUCCAGUGGUGGAAGUAUUACGUCCCCGCCUCUCUCCCCAGCAUUGCCGAAAUAUAAAUUAGCAGAUUACCGUUACGGCAGAGAAGAAAUGCUAGCACUUUUCCUUAAAGACAACAAGAUACCUUCAGACCUUCUGGAUAAAGAAUUUCUGCCUAUCCUCCAGGAGGAGCCCCUGCCGCCGUUGGCUCUUGUACCCUUUACAGAAGAAGAACAGAGAAACUUUUCCAUGUCUGUAAACAGUGCCGCGGUCCUGCGGUUGACAGGACGAGGAGGAGGAGGAGGCACGGUGGUGGGGGCUCCAAGAGGUCGAAGUUCAUCAAGAGGGCGAGGCAGAGGCAGAGGUGAAUGUGGUUUCUACCAAAGAAGUUUUGACGAAGUGGAGGGUGUGUUUGGUCGAGGAGGUGGCAGGGAAAUGCACAGGUCUCAGAGCUGGGAGGAAAGGGGUGACAGACGCUUUGAAAAACCAGGACGAAAAGAUGUAGGGAGGCCAAAUUUUGAGGAAGGUGGACCGACAUCAGUGGGGAGAAAGCAUGAGUUUAUACGAUCAGAAAGUGAAAAUUGGCGUAUCUUUAGGGAGGAACAAAAUGGAGAAGAUGAAGAUGGAGGUUGGCGACUAGCUGGAUCAAGAAGGGAUGGAGAGAGGUGGAGGCCUCACAGUCCUGAUGGCCCUCGUUCUGCAGGCUGGCGAGAACACAUGGAACGGCGGCGAAGGUUUGAAUUUGACUUUCGAGAUCGGGUUGACGAACGGGGUUAUCGAAGAGUGCGUUCUGGCAGCGGGAGCAUAGAUGAUGACAGGGACAGCCUGCCCGAGUGGUGCUUAGAGGAUGCGGAAGAAGAAAUGGGCACAUUUGACUCAUCAGGAGCAUUCCUCUCUCUCAAGAAAGUACAGAAAGAGCCGAUUCUGGAAGAGCAGGAGAUGGACUUCCGGCCAGUGGAGGAAGGAGAAGAGUGCUCUGACUCAGAGGGUAGCUAUAGCGAAGAAGCCAAAGAGCCUGAUAAGACAAAUAAGAAAGAAGGCGAGAAACUCGUAGACAGAGUGGGAGUUGAAGUUAGUGAAGAAACCCCCCAAGCCUCUUCCUCAUGUGCUAGACCAGGUACUCCUUCAGACCACCAGCCUCAGGAAAUGGUGCAGUUGGAGAGGAAAGAGGAACCUAAAAUUGAGCAAACGGAAAAAGCAGAGGAGGAAAGUCGGACAGAAAAUAGUUUACCAACCAAAGUGCCCAACAGAGGGGACGAAAUGGUUCCUGAUGUUCACCAGCCCCUGUCACAGAUUCCUUCAGAUACAACCUCUCCUCUUCUCAUACUUCCACCUCCUGUUCCCAAUCCUAGCCCUGCCCUCCGGCCAGUUGAAACGCCGGUCGUCGGUGCUCCUGGUAUGGGCAGUGUUCCCACAGAGCCAGACGAUGAAGAGGGUCUCAAACAUUUGGAGCAGCAAGCCGAGAAGAUGGUGGCUUAUCUCCAAGACAGUCCACUAGAUGAUGAAAGACUGGCAUCUAAACUGCAAGAACACAGAGCAAAAGGAGUCUCGAUUCCAUUAAUACAUGAAGCACUGCAGAAGUGGUAUUAUAAAGAUCCCCAAGGAGAGAUUCAGGGUCCCUUCAAUAACCAGGAGAUGGCAGAGUGGUUCCAGGCGGGCUAUUUCACCAUGUCUUUAUUGGUGAAGAGAGCGUGCGAUGAAAGCUUCCAGCCUCUUGGUGAUAUCAUGAAAAUGUGGGGGAGGGUUCCCUUUUCGCCUGGCCCAGUGCCCCCUCCUCACUUGGGAGAGUUGGAUCAGGAGCGGUUGAACAGGCAGCAGGAACUCACGGCCUUAUACCAGAUGCAGCACCUCCAGUACCAGCAGUUCAUAAUACAACAACAGUAUGCACAGGUUUUGGCGCAGCAGCAGAAAGCAGCCCUGUCUUCCCAGCAGCAACAGCAGCUGGCACUUCUCCUGCAGCAGUUCCAGACUCUGAAGAUGAGAUUAUCUGAUCAGAAUGUCAUCCCCUCAGUGGGUCGGUCUGUGUCGGUACCAGACACCAGCUCCAUCUGGGAGCUCCAGCCAACAGGCUCACAAUCAACAGUUUGGGAAGGCAGCAGUGUGUGGGAGCUUCCCCUGGACACCACAACGUCAGCUCCUGCCUUGGAACAGCUUCAGCAGAUGGAGAAAGCCAAAGCUGCCAAGCUAGAACAGGAGCGCAGAGAGGCAGAAAUGAGGGCAAAACGGGAAGAAGAGGAGCGAAAGAGACAAGAAGAACUCCGGAGACAACAGGAGGAGAUUCUUCGGAGGCAGCAGGAGGAAGAGAGGAAAAGGCGGGAGGAAGAAGAGCUUGCCCGACGGAAACAGGAAGAGGCUUUGCGGAGACAGCGAGAGCAAGAAAUGGCCUUGAGGCGGCAGCGAGAAGAGGAAGAAAGGCAGCAACAGGAGGAAGCCCUGAGGAGACGGGAGGAGAGGCGGAGAGAAGAGGAGGAAAGGCGGAAGCAGGAGGAGUUGUUACGCAAGCAGGAAGAGGAGGCUGCAAAAUGGGCCCGGGAAGAGGAGGAAGCCCAGCGCCGGCUGGAGGAGGAGGCGGCCCGCCUGAGGCAUGAGGAGGAGGAACGCAAGAGGAAGGAGCUGGAGCUGCAGAGGCACAAGGAGCUGGUACGCCAGCGGCAGCAGCAACAGGAGGCGCUACGCAGGCUGCAGCAGCAACAGCAGCAGCAGCAGCUGGCGCAGAUGAAGCUUCCUUCGUCUUCCACGUGGGGCCAGCAGUCUAGUACAGCGACUUGUCAGUCACAGGCCACGCUCUCCCUGGCUGAGAUCCAAAAGCUCGAAGAAGAACGAGAGCGGCAGCUUCGCGACGAGCAAAGGCGCCAGCAGAGGGAGCUGAUGAAAGCGCUCCAGCAGCAGCAGCAGCAGCAGCAGCAGCAGCAACAGCAGAAACUGUCAGGCUGGGGCAAUGUCAGCAAGCCUGCAGGCACCACCAAGUCCCUCCUGGAGAUACAGCAGGAAGAGGCCAGGCAGAUGCAGAAGCAGCAGCAGCAGCAGCAGCAGCAGCAGCAGCCGCAGCAGCCAAGUCGAGCCCGGAGUACCACGCAUUCCAACCUGCAUACCAGCAUUGGGAAUUCUGUUUGGGGAUCUAUAAAUACAGGUCCCCCGACCCAGUGGGCAUCAGACCUGGUCAGUAGUAUCUGGAGUAAUGCCGACACCAAAAAUUCCAACAUGGGAUUCUGGGAUGAUGCUGUGAAAGAGGUGGGACCUAGGAAUUCAACCAAUAAAAAUAAAAACAACACCAGUCUCAGUAAAUCUGUAGGUGUGUCUAACCGGCAGAAUAAGAAAGUAGAAGAAGAAGAAAAGUUGCUGAAGCUCUUUCAGGGAGUAAAUAAAGCCCAGGAUGGAUUUACCCAGUGGUGUGAACAGAUGCUUCAUGCCCUUAAUACGGCAAAUAACUUGGAUGUUCCUACAUUUGUUUCUUUCCUGAAAGAAGUAGAAUCUCCUUACGAAGUCCAUGAUUAUAUCAGGGCCUACUUAGGAGACACCUCAGAGGCCAAGGAGUUUGCCAAGCAGUUCCUCGAGCGUCGUGCCAAACAGAAAGCUAACCAACAGCGUCAGCAGCAGCAGCCACCGCCGCCGCCGCCGCAGGAUUCUGUGUGGGGGAUGAACCACAGUACACUCCAUUCAGUAUUUCAGACCAAUCAAAGCAACAACCAACAAUCCAACUUUGAAGCCGUACAGAGUGGCAAGAAGAAAAAAAAGCAGAAGAUGGUCCGAGCAGAUCCCAGUUUAUUAGGUUUUUCAGUAAACGCGUCAUCGGAGCGACUCAACAUGGGCGAAAUCGAGACUGUGGAUGACUACUGA